AUGGCUCGUAUGAGAAGAGCAAACCCCCGUAAGGAUAAGGAAAGCCAAGCAAACCCUUCUAGAGGUCAUGGCGUGCAACAGACCGACGCUACUGUGCUUGAAGAUCAAAUGAGCCCCCCAAGCUCCAAAAAGUCAUUAAGUGCGGAUGAAAUAAAGCACAAACGUGAAGCAAAUGUAAGCUUCUGGAAUGAUUUGGGCCUCUAUGAGAACGGUCCGCGUCAUCAUAGACCCAAGUCCGUUCCAGCCCCUGAAGUCCCAGCCAAGAAGCAACGUGAUUUUGGUAAGGCGAGAGAAAAAUAUAGCCUGUGCACAAACCAAUCGUCCAAAAGAGUGUUGUUACUUCAGUAUCCUUGCUAUGGUCCAGACUUUCUCCGUCGUGAGCGUAGGAUGAAGCAACCGGUAGAGGUCAGGAUGAAACCAAAAUCUGGUGUGAUAGAAAUCGAUCUGCCUGUUGCUAUGAACGCGGGCUAUGAUAUGGAAAAAGGCGCCAUCUUUGCGGAAGCCUUGAGUAAGGCCAAAGACCCGCAAAGAAGCGUCUCCUACGGUCUAGCAGGAGGACUUGGUAUUAGCGCAAAGCGGUCAUUCAGGGACAACGAGGACGUAGUAAUGGGUGGCACAAGGGGAAAUGGAUCACCGGACGACUCAGAGAAUGAUGAAAAGAUCAAACCAGUGAUGAACAGAUUCACUUUAGGUGGUCGCAUUGUGCCUUUUCAAGACGGUGAUCCCAUCUACAUGACUGCGAUGUAUGAAGGCACCAUAUGUACAUGGACGAAAGUCGACGCCAUAGUCCAACUACGUCCGCAAUUUGCCCACCUAGACGCAAUGGACGAGCUGAACAAGGCAAGUGCUCGCCGAGAGCGCGGAGAAAAGCCAAAGGAAGAACUAGCUGAGGACGUGAACAUGACCGUCAAAGACACAGCCGACAACGAUAGCGUCCAGCUGUACGGUGGGAUGAGUGCGACUGCCACACUUCUCCGGGCCAUGCGCGAUGAGCCAUGGCAGCGACUGUCCUGGAACAAUUUCGACAACGAUGAAUCGAUUGAAAUUCGCGAUGAGAACAUGGCCUAUCAAAAUUCUCUCGCUGGCCCGCACCUAAUAUCAGAAAUGACUGACUCGCAAUAUCUAGACGCCAUAAGCUGUCCUCGUAUCGACGCAAUGACGCAAGGCAAACAAGUAGCUCAGCUGCUUGACAAUAGCACCCAGCCUAUCCCUACUACCAGUACCACCGACUCUACUUCUCGACCUCCGGAAGAACCGAACGAAGACAUCUUCUCUUCCGACACUGAGUCUGACGUUUCUUCUUCGGGGCAUAUCUAUGAGAGCCUAUUCCCUAAGACCUCACAACCCCCAGGCACUGUCGAGCAAGAUAUUGAAAAGAUAUGUCGGCUCAUCUCCAUGUCUCCUUCACAUCUAGAGGGUAUUAUAGAGCGACAAUAUCUCGAACGGAUGACGGGUCAGCAAGCCCAGCGAUUCGGUUUCUUAGACCCCACAGACUCAUUUCAUCCAUACUACCGAUGGCGGUUAGAGCGAAACAGGAGGGGCGAUGGAAUUGGGCCAGAAUUUGAUGGCGGAACGGGCGAGGAGCAGGGGCAGGAAAUGAGGCGGGACGUUUGA